UCCCUCCCCCUGAACUCUGAGAAUCACGUGACCACCGGAGGCUACUUCCGUGUUUAUCGCGGAGAAAAUCAGUCGGCUGCGUCACGUGUGUGUUGCUCUUUAUCUCCGCCCUGUAACACAAACACAAACAUGGCGCAUCUCGUGCGGGUCGUUCUGCUGCUGUGCGCGGCGGCUCCCGUGGGGGGGGCCCCCCCGGGCAGCGGCUACCUGCCGGCCGCAGGCAGGUUCUGGCACAUCACCGACCUCCACCUGGACCCGUCCUACCACCUGUCCCCCGACCCCACCAAGGUCUGCUACUCCUCCAAAGGGGCCCCCGCCACCCACGCCGGCCCGUUCGGGGACUUCCUGUGCGACUCCCCCUACGCGCUCAUCCAGUCCGCCUUCGCUCACAUGGCGCCGCUCACACGGCCCCAAGACUUCAUCAUAUGGACCGGGGACAGCCCCCCCCACGUCCCUGCAGGCGAGCUCUCUACGGACGCGGUGGUCCAGGUGAUCGGUAACAUGACGCAGACCAUCAGGCAGCACUUCCCCAACCUGACGGUCUAUCCGGCCCUCGGGAACCACGACUACUGGCCGCAGGACCAGAUGCCCGACUCAUCCAACGCCAUCUACGAAGCCGCUGCCCAGCUGUGGAAGCCCUGGCUGCAGCCCGAAGCUCUGCUCACCCUCUCGCAGGGCGGCUUCUACUCCCAGCUGGCGAAGCCGGGUUUGCGGGUUCUCAGCCUCAACACCAUCCUCUACUACGGCCCCAACAGAGCCACGGAGAACGUGACGGACCCGGCCGGCCAGUUCCGGUGGCUGGAGGCGACUCUGCAGAAGGCCGCUCGCAGUCGGGAGAAGGCAGGUGUACGUCAUCGCUCACGUACCUGUGGGGUACCUGCCCUACGCCAGGGGCACCCCCGCCGUGAGGGAGCGCCACAACGAGCGGCUGGUCGCCAUCUUCAGGGCGCACAGCGACGUCGUCGCGGGACAUUUCUACGGCCACACCCACCGGGACAGCGUCAUGGUGCUGCUGGACCCACGAGGCAAACCGCUGACUUCUCUUUUCGUGUCACCGGCCGUCACGCCGAUCAAACACGUGGAGGAGCCGUACUCCAACAACCCGGCGCUCCGCGUCUACCUGAUCUCUGGCAGUACUUUCUGAACCUGACGGAAGCCAACGAGAAACAAAGAGCCGACUGGAGGCUGGAAUACAUCAUGACGGAGGCUUUUGGACUGAGUGACCUGCGGCCCGCCCGCCUCCUCCAGCUGGGCCUGAGCUUCCUGCUGCCGCCGGCCGACGCCUUCCGCCGCUACUUCGCUCACUUCAUGGUCAGCUACGACAGCGGCGCCGCGUGCGAGGGCGAGUGCAAGCUGCUCCAGGUGUGCGCCGUGAUGCACCUGGACCGACGGGCCUACUCCAGAUGUGUGGCAGGGGGGUGACCUCACACUAACACACACACACGCACACACACACACCAGCCCGAGUGCAGGAUUCAGUGUGUUGUGCGUGUGGAGGGGAUUUUAAAUUGUUCGUAACGCCGUCAUGACCAAAUGCUCACUGAUUAUAUAUGAUUAUGAUUAUAAACAUGCAAGAUUCUACAUAUAAUGAUUUUAGGUCUUCGGGUGCUUUUCUCUGAGGUUCUUCAUGUCUGUUUAUGAAGUAAAACUUAAAAGCUGCCAUCUUGGUUAGGACCCCGCCCCCUCCAACCAAAUCUGAAUGUGAUGAUCCGUGAUGCCCGGAUGAUGAUAUGUAUGAUAUGCAUAUAUAUAAAAUAAUAUAUAGCUACACAUAUUGCAUUCACUGCUAGUUAAUUACAUUAUUAUUUUUCAUGUUGUUGUGACCAAAGGAUUCCUGGUUUUAUUAAUUCAUUGUUGACUUUGAUGCUGCUGUGUAUUUUUUCCAAUAAGAAGUUGUUGCUGACGCUGAAGUCACAGUAACGGCUUGUUUGUGUCUGAAGCUUCAGCGCCUCGCCCCGCCUGCCCCGCCUGCCCCGCCUGCCCCGCCUGCCCCGUCUGCCCCGUCUCCCCCCCCCUCCACCCUCUCUCAUUCUUCUCCUCCUGUUUCUCAGCCUCCAGCUCAAGUAUUCGCCCCCCCAACGCCCCGUCCAUCCCGGCUCUUUUGUCCCCUCUGCCUCCCUAGAAUGUGGACGCCACUCUGUUAAAGCUCGAACUGCACCGGGAUAAGUGACGGAGAUUCUCCACCCAUCGGCACUGCAUUUGUUGAGCGCUGCUACGUCAUUGUGUGUCUAUUUGGACCCUUUGAGUUAAUGAAACAAACCAAACAGGGGGAGUUAGUUUAGUUUAAAGAGAUUAAGACCCGAAUGUAAAAACAACAACAACAACCAACAGGAGGGAAAAUAAAUGCUAAUUAACAACA